AUGAACAGUUUUAAUAGAGAAAAAUUUACAUUUAUCUAUUUAUUAAUUAUGAUUUAUAAUAAUAUUAUAGUACAAUCAAAUGUAGAAUUUCAAAAUGAAAAUGAUACAAAUAUAUUAUUUGAUAUCAAGGAUGAACUAAUAUUAAAACGAGAUAUGCGAUUUGAUGGUAGCGGGAUGACAACUGAAUUAACACCUUACUCAACAGAAAGUGUUACAUUAGUACCAAUAGAAACAAGUUAUUUAAGCUCAUUUCACCCAAGUACUAUGAUAGAAUCAACAAUAAAUUUAAGUUUGUCAUCUAUUUCUAACGGUUUUUCAACGAUUACUAAUAUUCCAAUUUCCAUAUCAAGUAUCAGUGAUAAUCUUUCAUCAAUAUCGCAAGUCGAUACGUCUUUAUACACUUUUACUACAAGUUUUUCUUCAACUGAAUCUUCAACAAUUGCCUUCACUACGGAGACUAGUAUACCUACAAUUGCAACUACAGCUUUUUUUACAAUUCAGUCUACAACUAAUAUUACAUCUACAACUGAAUCUACAACUUCAACUACAGCUGAAUCUACAACUUCAACUACAGCUGAAUCUAC